AUGGCACAAGCACAGCAUCAUCAUCUUCCAGAGAAAGAAACAACCAUGAUUCUUCAAGAACAGAGCUUUUGUUUCAACAAGGAUAGUUCCACCCAUCACCACCACCAUCAAGAUGCUUCUUUUAGAUUCAAUGUAGAUGCACCGGAAUUUGUUCCUCGGCCGCCGGCUCCGGUUCCUAUUUCCGGAUACUUUGUUCCUUGCUUCCCUUUUAUGGGCACCGGGGGAAAUGGCGGUGAUUGGAUUUUCUUGGGUGAACAGGACGCUUUGUCCUUGGUUUCCAAUUCGAAAUCCAAUUCAGCGGUUCAUAAUCAGCAACCUAAAACUGCUGUCCUCACUGAAGAGCUUCAAAGGAAGAUCCUGAAACAGAUGGAAUACCAAUUCAGUGACAUGAGUUUGUUGGCUAAUGAUAACUUGGCGAAACAGAUUAGCAAGGACCCUGAAGGAUAUGUUCCAAUCGCUAAUGUAUCAUCCACCAAGAAAAUCAAGUCCCUUGUCGGAAGUAAUCACGCAUUGCUUGCUCAGGCUCUUAAGACAUCCACAAAACUGGAUGUAAGCAGUGAUAUGAAAAGGGUCAAACGAAAAGUCCCAUUCACGGAUAAAGUGAAAGAGGAACUGCAGUUGCGGACAAUUGUUGCCGAAAACUUACCUGAUGAUCACUCCCACCAAAACAUUGAGAAAAUUUUUAAUGUGGCUGGAAGUGUAAAAACCAUCCGCAUCUGCCACCCUCAAGAUCCUAAUAAUCGUUCCAAGGGAGAUUUUAUAAUCAGCACUAAGCUGCAUGCUCUGGUAGAGUUCGAGAACAGCGAUUCAGCAGAGAGAGCAGUUGAGAAGCUGAACGAUCAAAAGAACUGGAGAAAAGGACUAAGAGUGAGGUGCUUGCUAAGGCGAUCAUCGCCAAAGUCUGUUCUGAAGACUAGAAAGUCUGAAUUCGACGGUAUUUUUGACGACUGCGAGUCACCACCAGCACCAUCAGGAUCACCUGAAGCUCCUUCCCCACUUGCUGGUUUGGAUUUAGCCACUGAAAUUAACGAGGAAGAAUUCUCAGGAGGAUCAAACAAAAUGUGGGGCAAAGGGCGAACCAGCAAACCACGACACCGCCUUACCAGCAGCCACAGUGGUCGUGGAUUGCUCUCAUUGUCACCACAACAUAGUUUUAACCUUGGGGAAGCACCAGUUACAAGACAAACUGUAAAGGGUCCAAAAAUGCCUGAUGGAACUAGAGGUUUCACAAUGGGCAGGGGAAAGCCAUUGGCUUCUUCUCCUCCUGUUAAUCAGGCUUGUCAAAUUGUGGUGUGA